GCCUGUGGCUCACACAAAAAUACAUCCUGAUCAGAAACUAGGUGAAAGUGUUCAGCAACUUCUUCUAGCAAAAAUUGCAGUCUACUUGAUGACCUUCUUAAUAGUCACAGUGGCAUGGGCAGCUCAUGUAAGGUUGUUUCAGGUGAUAGAGCUUAUAGAUGAUGUCCUUGCUCUUCUAAAUCUGGCUUGUAUGAUGAUCAUAACUUUCUUGCCAUACACAUUUUCCUUAAUGGCCUCCUUUCCAGAGGUACCUUUUGGCAUUUUCUUGUUCAGUGUCUGUGCUGUUGUCAUUGGCCUUAUACAGGCUGUGAUAGUAGUAUAUGGAUUCUAUCACCCACACUUACUGAAUCAACAGAUACAGGUGUCUGAAAAUCAGAAUUUCUAUAAACGUCAUAUCUUAAAGAUUAUCCUAAGAGGACCAAUUUUAUGCCUUUUAGCAGCCAUCUUUUCUUUUUUCUUUAUUCCUUUGUCUUACGUACUUCUUGGGCUCGUAAUCAUUUUUCCGCAUCUCACUCAAUUCAUUACAUGGUGUAAAACCAAGAUUGUUGGUCAGAGAGAUGAAGAGGAGGCACACCAUAGCUUAGAAACCUUCACUUUUUACCUCAGUGAGCCUCUGAGUAAGGAACGGGUGGAAGCAUUCAGUGAUGGAGUCUAUGCUAUUGUAGCAACCCUGCUCAUUUUGGAUAUAUGUGAGGACAAUGUCCCUGACCCCAGAGAAGUUGAGGAGAAGUUCCAUGGCAGCCUUCUUGAAGCUUUAAGUGAAUAUGGCCCAAACUACCUUGCCUACUUUGGCUCAUUUGUAACAAUUGGUCUCCUGUGGUUUGUCCAUCACUCACUUUUCCUUUAUGUAACAAAAGCUACACGAUUAAUGGGACUGCUUAACAUACUUUCAUUGGCUUUCAUUGGUGGGCUUCCGCUAGCUUACCAGCUGACCAGUGAAUUUGCAGAGAGGUCUCACAAUGAAAUAGAAGCCAUUCAGGUCAGCUGUGUUAUCACUUUCUUUGCCAGCAUAUUUCAGUUUGCAAUAUGGACUACAGCCCUCCUCCAUGAAAGGGAAACUUUGCAUCCUUUUGCUAGAUAUGGUGGCAAGGAGCAUGCCUUCAUGUUUGCCAAGCUGGCUCUGUACCCAUGUGUAAGCCUUGGGGCCUUCUUCCUAACAUGCUUGUUAAGUGAAUUUAGCACAGCAAUUUUCCAUCUUAUGCAGAUUGUAAUCCCAUUUGCUUUUCUUGCCUUGCGCAUUUUUGUUAGAAUUUCUUUAACUGUCAUAAAGUCCGUGAUGUCUCUCUCCAGACGGAAGGUUGUAUUGUUAGAAGAAGAGGAGGCAUGUUUGUCUCCUACUGCAACACUGUCCUAAACUUCUGUGCAGUGCAUGUGAAGUUGUAACAUUAACUUCAGUGCUUCUAACUCACAUUAUCUUCAUGUGUGGAUUAUAUUGUUCUAAACCAAAGACUGUGCUGGCCAUAACUGGGGCGUAUUUAAGUUUUAGCUGGUCAUGCUUGAGAUCCUUUCUCCAAAACCUGUAAUUGAAAACAUUGGGUAAAUAGGGGAUACGAAGAAAAGCAUGUUCCCCUUCCUUUAGAGUUACCCUUUUGGAAAAAAAUGCUGCUUGACGUGUAACUGCAGUGAUGAUUGAUUAAGAAGUGCACAAACAGAUGCACAGCAAAAUGCCCUUUUUUCUGACAGCCGCUACAGCAGCCAAACACAGGUAUAGAAGCUGGUUGUGCUGCGCUAAGAUAGCAAGUGAGGCUUGGAAGACAUGGCGACCUCUGGAUUUCUGGAUGGUGCAUCAUGGUGGAACGUUUGUGCAUACAGGUUACUGGUCUCU